AUGUCUCAAUCAAUCUGGAGGAAUCUUGUAUAUGCUGUCCUCUUCUUGACAGCUCUCCUCGUAUUCUAUUGCUUUGGAAAGAAUACAAAAUCGCGUCAUGAUCGUACGGUACUGAAACCGUCGAUACCUUUCAUCGGCCACAUGAUAGGCAUGGCUACUCAACAGAUCGGAUAUUUUCACCACCUCUACGAGAAGAAUCCCGUCGAUAUUGCCACCCUCCCAAUGCUCAUGGGCCACAUACAUGUUAUAUUCGAUCUUCAGCUGAUGCAAAAGGCACUCUCGUCUCGUGCCAUGUCAUUUGAGCCGUUACUUAUUCCUCUAGCCCGACCCCUUCUAGGACUCAGUCCUAGUGUUAUGCAGGCUAUAUACUCGGGGAUGCUCAGUAGCUUAAUGCAUGCCACCAGACCGGCGCUCACCGGGAAACCUCUCACUCAUCUCAACUCUGUCGCCCUCGGGGCGCUUGUUGAGCAUCUAGAUGAUGAAAUGCUACAAGUCGAAGAGCUGGAGGUCUCUGACCUGUACAGGUGGCUUGGUAUUGCUCUAACGAUUGCUACGGGCAGAGCACUCUAUGGUUCGCAAAGUCCAUUGAGUCGGGAUCGAAGCCUUAUAGAUGAUCUUUGGUCAUUCAAGAAUGGAUCUCAAAGACUACUGGUUAAUAUUCUUCCAACUAUAACCGCAUCCAAAGCAUACAAAGCUCGAGAGAGACUUGUUUCAGCUCUGACUCCACUAUUUGAAGUCUCAAUGCAGGAUACAAUCGAGGAUGUAUCGCGUGUGAGAGCUCGAGUGCACCGCGAGUUUGGAAAUACGGGUGCGAGAGAUAUUGCGAGAUGCGAAGUGGCCAUGUUGCACGUAGCAACAGUGAACACAACACCUCUGUUAUUCUGGACUGUUGUCCACGUAUUCUCACGCCCGGACCUUGUGGAAGCGAUCCGCACCGAGUGCAUGGCAUUAGUAGAAGUAUCGUCCCCAGAAUCUCCUACCGACUCCAUGCAAGUUACCAUCGAUGCCAGUCAGAUAGGGCGCAAAUGCCCGAUGUUGAUGGCGUGCUAUCGCGAGACAUGUCGACUGAAUGGACAGCCGCUGUUGGUACGAUUGGUUUCAGAGGAUGUGGUUAUGAACAAGGGCCACGAUGGAAGAUCUCAGCACUUGAUCGAUGCUGAAUCGCAAGUCAUGAUGCCUGCGGGGGUCACGCACCGCCUGGAAGAGGUCUGGGGACCUGAUGCCUCAGAAUUCCGACCAGAGAGGUUCAUUGGAUGGCCUGACACUGCGACGAGCGCUCAACGUUCUGCAUUUACCCCGUUUGGUUCCGGUCGGCAUAUCUGUCCUGGCCGGCAUCUUGCCCAGUCUGAGAUUCUAGGGCUAGUUCUGAUUCUCUGUCUUGGUUACGAUAUGCGGAGUGCCGACGGCCCGGAGAUGGCGAUUAGAAUACCCACGAUGAGCACACCCUUGCUCGGCUCUGCAGUCGGCGAACCGGCAGCUCAUGAGGAUCUAGUUGGCAUCAAGAUACGAAGGCGGUGCGGUUGGGACCGGGUAUCUUGGAGGUUUGUUUCCUAA